UCUGUCCUAAACCUCACGCCACCGCCAAAGCUAACACUUUUCUUUCUCUUUCUCUUUUCUUUUUUCUUUCUAAAUUAAUAAGUUUGGAAUAUUAGUCUUUGACGGAGUAUGGAUCUCACGCGUAGACAAUGGUCCUUGUCGGCGAUUUUACUUGUCGUGACGUUGCUAAUUCAGCCGCAGCUAUCACCGGCGAAGGAUAAUUUGGCUUUUGAAGUUCGAAGCAAGUUCGCCGGUAAAAGAGGAAAGGAUCUUGGAUCUCUCAGAGCUCACGAUGCUCACCGUCACUCCAGACUCCUCUCCGCCAUCGAUCUUCCUCUCGGCGGCGAUAGCCAGCCUGAGUCUACUGGUCUAUACUUUGCUAAAAUUGGACUAGGAACUCCAUCAAGAGACUUCCAUGUCCAAGUUGAUACAGGAAGUGAUAUCUUAUGGGUGAAUUGUGCUGGAUGCAUCAGAUGUCCUAGGAAAAGUGAUUUGGUAGAGCUAACACCUUAUGAUUCAGAUGCUUCCUCCACUGCAAAGUCUGUUUCUUGUGCUGACAGCUUUUGCUCUUACGUUAACCAAAUAUCAGAGUGUCACUCAGGUUCCACUUGCCAAUACAUUAUCCAAUACGGUGAUCAAAGCUCCACUAGUGGGUACUUAGUGAGAGAUGUUAUGCAUUUGGAUUUGGUUACUGGAAAUCGUCAAACUGGUUCUACCAAUGGAACUAUUAUCUUUGGGUGUGGGUCUAAACAGUCUGGUCAGCUCGGUGAAUCUGUAUCUGCAGUUGAUGGGAUAAUGGGAUUUGGACAGUCCAAUUCAUCGUUUAUAUCUCAGCUAGCUUCACAAGGGAAGGUGAAAAGGACUUUUGCACAUUGCUUAGAUAACAAAAACGGAGGUGGUAUAUUCGCCAUUGGAGAAGUCGUGUCACCAAAAGUGAAGACUACUCCUAUGCUCUCUAAAUCAGCUCACUAUAGUGUUAACCUCAAUUCAAUUGAAGUUGGUAACACAGUUUUACAACUUUCUUCGGGAGCCUUUGAUUCAGGAGAUGACAAAGGAGUCAUUGUUGACAGUGGUACUACUUUGGUUUAUCUUCCCAACUCUGUUUAUAAGCCGUUAAUCAGUCAGAUUUUGGCUUCACAUCCAGAACUUACCUUGCAUAGGGUUCAAGAUUCCUUUACUUGUUUCCGUUAUACCGACAAUUUAGAUCGGUUCCCACCUGUUACGUUUCAGUUCGACAAGUCUGCUUCCUUGACUGUAUCUCCUCAGGAUUAUCUAUUCCAAAUUCGGGGAGACACAUGGUGUUUAGGCUGGCAAAAUGGUGGAUUGCAGACUAAAGAUGGAGGAGAAUUGUCAAUUCUUGGAGAUAUGGCGCUUUCUAACAAGUUAGUUGUCUAUGAUAUCGAAAAUCAAGUUAUUGGAUGGACUAAUCACAACUGCUCAGGAGGAAUACAAGUGAAGGAUGAACAAAGUGGAGCAGUCUACACAGUUGGUGCACACAAUCUUUCAUGGUCUUCUUCUUUAGCUGUUUCCAAAUUUCUUACAUUUGUUUCUCUCUUAGUUAUUUUCCUCUGUAACGUUGCUUUAUAGCCUUCGUGAGAAGAGAAGUUUGUUCUGUGUAUGUGUUGAUCUUAUUCCCAUUUGUUAAAACAAUAUACGUUUAAAAGAAAGGGAGAUUAAAGCAUAUCUGCAGUUGAUGUAACUAGAGCUUUUCUAAAGAGACAAUAACAGGAAAUAACAUCUCCCCUUCAGACCAACAAAAUUAAGCCUGAGGGGUUUUCACGGUAUCACAGACACAAAACCAUUAUUACAUCAUGUGAUUGUGUUUUCACUUUCUUUACUGACAAAGCC